AUGCUGAUACUUGACCCCAUUUCGGAAGAGGAAUAUUAUUUACUAAUGUCACGUCUGAAACCGAUUCCUCCUCCACCAUUUCAAAACGAAUACUGGGACAUUUUCGAAGACUAUCAUACCAAUUACGGAGAGCAAAUCCUACGGCUGUAAGUUGUUUUGUUAAUGUGUAAAUAAAUUUCUCAUUUGUCGUUUCAGCCGUGCUAAUCGUUCUUCAUUGACGUGUCCUUCGAGAUCUAUCAAACUCAGCGAAGAAGUUGUGCAAAAGCUCGAGGAUGAGUGGAAGCUGCGUCGAAACCAAUCGAUCGUCGAAAUAUUUGAGAUUGCUAACAAAUGUGAAACCAAUUUCGAUAAUGUAAUGCGUAAAAAUGCACUGUCUUUGCUAACGGUUUUCUUUUCAGGUUCACGAUUGGUUUCAGAACAAGAGAGAAGAGAGAGCGAUGGAAGAAAGAAGAAAAUGGGAGGAAGAGAGGAAGGAGAAACUCGAAAAGGAAGAACGAGAGGCAAGGGCCAGAGAAAUAGCGGCACGCAUACCUAAGGAAGCCUAUAUUCCGGCCAAUGUGUAUAAACCACCCCCAAAAGAUAAGUGUUGUCACCGAGUUGGAAGAGAUGAAAAAAAACUGAAUACACUCCCAUUUACCGCACCCAAUAACCGCCGGGCCCGAUUUGGAUUAAUGUGAUGUGGGUGAACAUUUCUGGUUCCCCGCACCGUCAAAUAAUUGUUUUUUCAGCCGCCCAAUAAGUAAAAUACUGAAAAUUAGCAACAAAAAAAAAUCAAGGAUGGCGCGGAGCACCAAACAUUUUCAGAAGUCUGUGUAUAGUUUGAUGUAAAACUUUCCAACUAUGUACGUUUUCUUUUCUAGACACAGUUUUAUGAUAUACCGUACUACCCAUACUCCCCUCGCUCCCCUCUUCGUUUUAUUUUUUUAUUCCCUUUCUUAUCACCGAAUUGCACUUUUCUCAAUGAAAACUAGUGGAAGACGCGUGUCGUUUGUUAGUUGAAUAGAAAUAGAAAUAAAGUUUUACUCUAUGUAUACUAUUGACUUAUUCUGAAAGAUUUGAAGAUCAAAAAUCGAAAAGGUGAGAGAUUCCAGUUGAUGCACAUCAAAAUGUGUGCAGAUAACUAUUCAGGAACACAUUUUCCAUCAUUAUUGACUGCAAUGAGUGCACAUACGAGCAACUCCUCUGCCAACAUUCGUUCGUCCGCUUUCCGCCCAUACUAUAAACCACCUCCAGCAGUUGACGUCACCAUUCAUCCUCCUAUCAGGAUACCGAAUUCCCAGCAAACAUAUUUCUUGCCUCCGACACAGCAAAUUCAUUUUGUACCAAUUGUCUCGUAUCCCGUUCCUCCUUCUCAUUUCCUACCACAUCAAUAUCAUGUUUACGUGCCAUCAGCGCAGCAAAAGUGAGUUUGAAAUGAAACCCGUACCAACUAGGGCUGGGCAAAUUACCGACCCGGGAAUCCAAGUUUCAGACGGAUAGAAUUAUCUGGUCCGGAGAUUUAGAUCCGAAAAGCCCAUGCUUUACGAAAAAACGAGAACUGUUAGGCCCUAGAUCAGUAUUGUAUCUCCCGUAGAAGAUCCCAACGAUCUGAAACUUGCACCCCAAAUACUUCAAUCCAAACUCAAGAAGUCUUCAUAGUUUAGGUUCAAUCGAACUAUCGCGAAUAGCCAAAAAGUCGGUCCAGGCAGUCCCUCGAAAAGAUUGGGCCGACCUUUUGCGCAGCCCUGGUUUUAAUUACACCUCAGUUUUUAAUUUUCAGAUCAAAUUCGGAAUACAGUUUUCCGGUUUUCCAAAAGCAUUAUCUGGAAGGAAAGUUCAAAAAUAACGCGGAGCCGAGCAAGACGCAACUAUUCGAACUUGCGUAUCAAUUGGGAGUUUCCACUGAAAAGGUAAGCAUUACAUCGAAAUGAUUUCUUGCAAUGUUCACACUUUUUGAAGGUGACUGACUGGUUUGAGAAACGAAGAUUGGAGCCGACGAAAGAGGGCGAUUUUAACAAAAUGUAG